CUGAGCAUGGAUAGCGUGAGCAGUAGCAGGCAGGAGAGUGACAUUGGCAUCUUGUUGCGACGCCCGUAGGGAGGGGGAAGCGCGAGCGCGCAUGUCAAGCAAGUAGCAACCAGCAACGCGCCGAAGUUGCCAAUACUCCAGCGCCAAACAUGCUCGCAAUCCUUCUUCUCGUACUCAUCGGCCUGCUCAACGAUGCAUCGGCAAGCUCCUUGCCUGCUCCUGCUCGACUCGAGAAGCGAUUCGCCACCUGUGCAUUGUCAGUCACGAUCGGAGGCUUUGGCAUGACUGGAUCGCGCUUCACGCUCGAGGCAAGCAAUGGCAUGAUCUAUGCCGCUGACCUGGUUCCGGGCGAUCCUGGCUUGCUGCCUGUUGCUGCAUUCACGAAUGGCGCCCAACUGCAGCGUUUCCAACAGCAUCUCUACACAAGCACCAUUGUCGCCUUCAGUGGACACGUCAACGGCAUAGUCGUCAAUUUCACCAUUCGCUUGCUUUACAAUAACCUGAACGAAUUUAAGCUCUUCUACGUCACCAAGGCUUCAUUGGAUCAUGUACCGACACUCGACUUUACCGCCGGUAUGUCAUGUGGCGGUCCUGUUUGGCAGCCUUCAGACUUUCAUUGCACCGUCGACAACCUCGAUACUUGCUGAUGUCUGAUCAAUGCAUUCCGCUCUGCGUCAGUGACGCAAUCAGUAUCAAAACGUUUGAUCGUGCAGUGAUGCCUAUAGGGACUCAUUGUCCUACUUCAGAUCCGGGCAGGCCACAAUCAGCGACUUCAGCUAUCAAGCACUCACGAUCUGGGAGACUCUUCUGGAAGGACAGCAGCGUGGAGAGGAAUUCAGGUCGGACGUAGCAGCAGCACCUAGGCAGAAGGUGGAAGCCUCCCGAAC